AGAGGUCACGGAAAACUCCUUUGGCUUUGACGGAAGGGUACAUGUUUAAUCAUAUCGUUGCGUCUAUGGAUUGAAAGCUCUCCCAUUGUGCGUCCUCUCGCCCCCGUCUUGCUCGCGUUUCUCAAGUUUCGGCCAUGUUUUGUUGGCCCCAUUCAUGAUGUUUUGCUGGGUAACGUAAGCUGGUCUGUGUUACGCCACUGCCGUCGGUUAACACCUUACGCAAAGCGGCGGCACCACGAGUAUGGGCAACAGCUGUGCGUGUGCAUGUUGGGUUGUACUGCGAGAAAAGAUGUCGAAGCUACGGAUAAGAGACGAGGAAUCGCAUCCAAUACUGCAACAGGACAAGUCGGACGCCACCGACGAUUACUACGGCUCCGUAAACCCUUCGGAGACCAGCUUGUUUAGUUCCGUACCAGACCUUAUUCCGGAAUCGCAUCUUACGACGAAAUCAUCAGAAGGUGCGGACAGUCCGCAGGCCGUUCCGGAAAUGACCAGCCCUCCCCUCAUUCCCGAGUCUCAGCAGAACGGACAUGUCAACAACCACCACGAGCAGAAUGGGAAGGACGCCGCGAGAGGUCCGGAAGACGGCCUGGCGGUGGAAGAAGCGAGAAAGGGAUCAUCGGAAGGGGAGAGGGUAGAGAAAGACGACCAGGAAGUCAUCGUGAUUCAGGACAUGGGCUUCAACAUCAAGGUCGUCGCGCCGGGAAUCGAGCCAUUUGAGUUGCAGGUGAGUUCCCAGGAGAUGGUACAGGAGAUCCACCAGGUGUUGAUGGACAGGGAGGACACCUGUCAUCGCACCUGCUUCUCCCUGCAGUUUGAAGGAAACGUGCUGGACAACUUCGCCGAACUGAAGAACAUCGAGGGUCUACAGGAAGGCUCUGUGCUCAAGGUGGUGGAAGAGCCCUACACAGUACGCGAGGCGAGGAUCCACAUGCGCCAUGUUCGGGACCUACUGAAGUCACUGGACCCUGCCGACGCCUACAACGGCAUGGACUGUAGCUCCCUAUCCUUCCUCAAUGUCAUCACUGAGGGGGACAUCGAUAUGAAGAAAAGGAAACGCAAUGACAGUGACUCAGUAGACUGCACCCCACCGGACUACGUGAUGCCUGGGGCAAAGGAUAGGCCAAUACUACCCCUCCAACCCAUGUCUAAAGACUUCAAGUCCCCCCAGUGUCUGAAGGUGCUGACAGCCAGCGGAUGGAACCCUCCCCCGGGGAACAGGAAGAUGCACGGGGACCUGAUGUACCUGUCAGUCGUCACCGCGGAGGACAAACACUUUCACCUAACCGCCUCCACCAGGGGAUUCUUUGUCAACCAGUCGACUCAGGAGACGUUCAACCCCAAACCAGCGAGUCCCAAGUGCUCGGCACACUCCCUCAUCGAACUACUGAACCAGAUCAGCCCCAUCUUCAAGAGGAACUUUGCAACACUGCAGAAGAGAAGGGUUAACAGACAUCCCUUUGAGAGAAUAGCCACCCCCUUCCAGGUGUACAGUUGGACCGCUCCUCAGAUGGACCACACUAUUGAUUCUGUCAGGGCUGAAGAUGCAUAUACAUCAAGGCUUGGCUAUGAAGAACACAUACCGGGACAGACUAGAGAUUGGAAUGAGGAACUCCAAACUACCAGGGAACUGUCACGGAAGAACCUCCCUGAGCGGCUUCUCAGGGAGCGCGCCAUCUUCAAGGUCCACAGCGACUUUGUUGCCGCGGCAACCCGAGGGGCAAUGGCAGUGAUUGACGGGAACGUUAUGGCGAUCAACCCAGGGGAGGAGGCUAAGAUGCAGAUGUUCAUCUGGAACAACAUCUUCUUCAGUCUGGGCUUUGAUGUGAAGGACCACUACAAGGAGUAUGGUGGUGACUAUGCUGCCUACAUCGCACCUUGUAAUGACAUGAAGGGAGUGCGAGCGUACAAUGGGGUAGACAUUGAGGGUCUGUACACCCUGGGUACAGUGGUUAUAGACUACAGGGGGUACAGGGUCACCGCACAGUCUAUUAUACCAGGUAUCCUGGAAAGAGAGCAAGAACAGAGUGUUGUCUACGGCUCCAUCGACUUUGGCAAAUCUGUAGUAACAAAUGACAAAUACCUAGAACUUCUGGAAAAAACGUCUAAACCUUUGAAGAUACUACCACACAAAGUAAUUAAUGACCAGAAUGAGGAAAUACAAAUCAUCUCAUCUGUGGAGUGUAAGGGUAUUGUUGGAAACGAUGGCAGGUACUAUGUUCUAGAUCUCCUACGGACGUUUCCACCAGAUGUCAACUUCCUUCCAAUGGAGGGGGAGGAGCUGAGUGAGGACUGCAAGGCUCUAGGGUUUCCACGGAAACACAAACACAGGCUGGCCUGCCUCAGACAGGAGCUGGUGGAUGCCUUUGCAGAGAACCGUUACCUACUGUUCAUGAGGCAUGCAGCUCUACAGCUCAUGAGUAUUCGGCAGAAGAAAGCAACUACAGUAGAAGAGGAACAGACGAUCUCAAAAAGGCUUGUCGCCGCCGCCCAAGGCCUCAGAUCACCCGACCUCCCCCCAAAGGACGCGGACGGCGAAGAGAACGGUAAAGCAACGGACGAAGACGCCACCAAUCAGUCCUCUCCAAGCGGCGAUGGCGAGCAAUCCAGCGAAUCGAAAGCAAUCGAGACAAAAGAGAGUAGAGAACGUGAUGGUAAGGAAGCCGAGAAAAGCGAGCGCCCAAAGCUCGGAGGUUGCACAAGGGGCCAGGGUGAUAGUUCUAAGGACCCGGUUGACGCAGAAGCGCAGGCUUUGGUAGAGUCCCUGGCAGAACAAGACUCAGGUUCACUGGACGAUGCCAGUCGUGAAGUUAUCAACGCGGCGUGCCGUGCAAUCGGGUCCUUGAGUGACUCAGAGUUUGACGUCCGCUUCAACCCCGAUGUCUUCUCACCGGGUGUGACACAUCCCAACCCUCAGGGUGACCAAUUCAGGAAACAGAAGCAGUUAGUCAAGGAUGCUGCAGCUUUCCUGGUUUCUCAUCAAAUAGCAGGAUUUGUGAAGGACUGCAUAGAACAUUCCAUCACGGCCAUAGAUGGGCAGUCCCUGUGUGAGGCACUACAUGACAGGGGCAUCAAUAUGAGAUACCUGGGCAAGGUGGCUGAUCUGUUGUGCCAGCACAAACUUCUGGAACACAUUCAUAGGAUAGCGGUGUCUGAGAUGAUCUGCCGAGCUGCUAAGCACCAGUUCAAGACGUACAUGCAGGGAGUGGAGAUGCUGUGUCUGUCUGCUGCAGUCUCGCACUUCCUCAACUGUCUCCUCUCCACCUUCUCUAACCCACAUCCUCAACUACCGGAGGACUUCGGGCUGAACAUGAACAAGAAGAAGAAGAACAAGAAGAGGUCCAGGCAUUACCCUAUAGCAAACCAUGUUGACAGAGAAUGGGCCAGCCUAAGUCCACAGGACAUGUGGUCCAACAUCAGGACUGAAGUCAAGGAGUAUUUCGACUUCAACCUUACCUGUGACAGUUGUGACUCUGCAGUUGAAACCUACGGCCUACAGAAGACGUCCCUGCUGAGAGAGAUCUGUAUAAAGUGUGGUGUGCAGGUGCUGCUGAGGGAGUACAACUUUGACUCCAAACACAGGGCCACCUUCACAGAGGAGGACAUCAUCAACAUCUUCCCUAUUGUCAAACAUGUCAACCCUAAGGCUACAGAUGCCUAUCACUUCUUCCAGAGUGGCCAGGUCAAGAUUCAACAAGGAUUCCUGAAGGAAGGGUUUGAGCUGAUCAACGAGGCGCUGAACCUGUUUAACAACGUGUACGGCGCCAUGCACCCGGAGAUCGCAGCCUGUCUGCGCACCCUGGCCAGGCUCAACUACAUCCUCGGGGACCCUGUAGAGGCCUUGAACAACCAGCAGAAGGCAGUGUUGAUGAGUGAGAGGGUCCUGGGUAUCGACCAUCCCAACACCAUCACAGAAUACGUGCACCUGGCAUUGUACUGCUUUGCUAAUCAGCAGGUGUCCGCUGCGCUGCGGCUGAUGUACCGCGCCCGUUAUCUCGCGCUCGUCGUGUUUGGCGAGGACCAUCCAGAGAUGGCGCUGUAUGAUAGCAAUAUUGGUCUGAUUCUCCACGGCGUGGGGGAGAUCGACCUGUCGCUACGGUUCCUGGAGAACGCCCUGGAGCUGAACAAGAAGUACCACGGGCAGCGCAGCCUGAAGGUCGCGCUCAACCACCACCUGCUGGCGCGAGCCUUCUCCUGUAAGGGCGACUUCCGCGCCGCGCUCAUGCACGAGAGGGAAACCUACACCAUCUACAAGAGCCAGCUGGGAGAGCAGCAUGAGAAGACCAAGGACAGUUCGGAGUGUCUGAAGCACCUCACGCAGCAGGCGGUGGUACUGCAGCGCACGAUGAAUGAGAUUUACAAGAGUGGGUCCCAGGCAACCAUCCCACCACUGCAGAUCUCCCCACCUUCUGCCAGCAGUGUUCUGGAGCUGAUCAACAUCAUCAAUGGCAUUGUGUUCCUCCCCCUGAGCCAAAAGGAUCUGGACAGACUGCAACAGAGACAACAGGUGCUCGGAAACCUCGCAGAGAACAAAGCGAAGGACAUGCCAGCGAUCAAGGAAGCUGGCGACCAGGAAUCAUCCACACCAAAAGUUCCGGAAGAGGACGACUCAAAAGCAACGAAAGCUGACAUCGGCGACACUGAUGACGGAGCCGCAAGAUAGAACUAACCGUCGUGCUAGAACCGUUUUUUCCUCAAAGGGGUGUUUUGCUCAUCAUUCACACGGUAUACGGUUGUUCAGCUAAAGUUGCAAACUUGAUUUGAAUGUUACAGACCCAAAGUGUUCCUUCGCAAGGGGAACAAGGAGAUACCAUUUGGCUCCACCCCUGUGGUGUUGCCAAAACACAGGUUAAGAGGUUUAGUCUAAGAGAUGCGCUGCUGAAGUAACAAGAGACAGACUAUGUGUAUUUGUUGCCUAAAAUUUAUUGCACAAAUUUUCCCUUCCUAUGUAUGGUCUUGGUUUAAGACAUAGAGCGUUAAAUGUGAUGUUCUUCUAAAUAUCUGUUUUAAAACAACCUCAGCAAUGAACUGGUACAAACUUUGAAGAAAUACAGAGUUGUUACAUUUAAAAUGAUGUACAUGUGAGUAAAAAAAGUAUGUCCAUGACAAGAUUGUAUUACGUACAUAUAGGUACUGUUGCUAUGCAGAUGAGCUUGUUAUGUCACGGGUGCAAAAAUUUUGUCUUCCAUAUUUGAAACCAUUAUGUGUUUUCUUUUUCCUCUGAAAAUAGACCAUUUUCAUUGUAAUUCUGCCAUUAUUACACAUCAAGUGUUAGCUAAAAUGAAGAAAUGUAGAACUCUUAAAAGAAGCUGUUUCAGAUUUUGAUACACAUUGUAGACUUGGUGUUUCAGUAUUAUUGAAAAUGAGAUUAUGAAUUCUUUACUGGAGGCCAUUUAAACAAGGCCGCACCUUCAAUGUGAUUUCUGUAUGGAGGUUUCUUCAUUCUGUUACACGUAAAAUGCACAAACGUGCUGACAGGCAUAAGUGAGAAUUCUUGCAGUAGGAUCAGGGUUGGACAAGUUUUCAAAAUUUGUCCUAUCGGGCAAGUACACAAAAAAUCCACUUGCCCAAACCAACUUUUCACUUGCCCGGAAUUCAAAUGACAUUUUUUCUGUGUAUUUUCCCUUCCAACAAUGGAAUUCUUUUAUCAUUGACUCUAUUUUUCUGUGUUUACCAAUGCUUGACACCAUGACUGAAAAGUUACAGUGUAUCAAAAUCUCACCCAUGGAAAAAUCUUACUUGUCCGAUCGGGCUAGUGGGGUUGGACAUGCACUUGCCCGAACAACAUUUUCACUUGCCCGGGACAAUAGGGCUAGUGGACUUGUCCAACCCUGAGGAUGGUUAAGAAAUUUGGCAUAAGCAGACCUGACACACCUGUCUGUAAUGUGCAUAUAGGUAGCUUUGCAAAAUGUUAGGGAGCUAUUCCUCGCUUCGAACUGGUGUAAGCCACAUAUUUGAGCUUUGCUGCUAGGUGAAAGAAAACGUAUAGAUUUGUAGAAAGAGGAUAGAUAGAUGAACAUGUACAUGUAGUAUUGUUCACUAGAACUGUUCAUGCCUUAGCAACCAUGUAGACAACUGUCUGUUUAACAGUCUUGGUGUCCAUGUUUAACAUAUGCAAGUUUGAGUUGUUUUUUUCGUCCUACAUGCGCAAAAUGACGAUUUCCAUUCAGAUGUAGGUUUUUGUCCGCAGGGUUGGUAGCGAUGUGAUUCUAGGAAAGGCGCGUAUGGAAUUACGAGGAGAAUUUUGUUGAUUUUUGGCAGUGUUGUCCUAUUUAUUUUAGGAUUUGAUACCUCGCAAUAUAACUUUGACUGUGAAUUAUGUAUUCAUGGAAUCAUGAUCCCAUGUAAGAGUGCUUGGCUUUUGCAUAGAUCUCUUCUGGUGCAUGACAGUUGGAAUCCAAUUUUCGAUUCUUGGUUGGUUGUUUUAAGACCGACUCUUGAACCUUUGUGCACAGAGGAUGUUCCAAAGGAAAUAGUUUGGAUCGUCUUCUUACUGGUCAAGUGCCAUCUACAUGUAUGUUAGGGCAAAUUCUUUGGUUUUUUCUUGAGGUGGGGUCUUUACGUGGGUUUUUUGUUUGCAACUUUCACAAAUUUGUGUUUAUUUAUUUGAUCUCUAUCCCAUUACUAAUGAUGUUCUAUUUUUGAUUCCCUUUUCAUUUCUUUUCAAUCACCAUCAUCACAUUUACAACUGUAAACAGGGAAACUUUGACUUCACACCCCCAAAAAAUGUCAGAAACGGAAAACCCUUCAGCAACAUAGCAAGCAAAAAAAGAAGACGAGAUAGCAAAGAGAAAGUCUGUUGUACAGACUUUGUAGUUAUUCUUAAAGGUAAACUAUCAGAUCUUGAGGUGGAAGAUGGUAUCAUUUUCUGACUGACAGGUAGUGGCUGUCAGAGAAGCCUGGCAACUCAGUAAAGAGUACAGUUUUCCACCCAACAUCUGCUUGGGUAUUAGUCUCAACGCUCAUGCUAUGGUAAGUUACUACGGUUCGCAUUAACUUGUUUGGUGGUUCAUUGUUAACUGGAGAAUUCUAGAAAUGAAAUAAGGUUUAAGAGAAAUGUAUUAUUGUGAGAGAAAUGAUAUAGAUUGUUAGAUAUUUUUUGGUGUCUAGAGAAAUAAUAAUUAGCUGAUGGAGUAUGGAAAGAGCUGGGUUCUGUUUGGAAUGCAUGGAAGAAUUUGGGUGAAUAUUAAACACUGUUUGA